AUGUGGUUGUUUACUUUCACUAUUGCAUACAAUUCGUACGAUCACUUCUCUGCAUCCAGUGUCACCGCCGCCUUACGUGUUGGCAUCGUCAGAAGCAAACAACUACAUGGUUGCUGCUGUUGCAUUGCUUCCCCUUCUUUUGACCGAACUCGUCCGAAGCCGCACGACUGCUUCAAGUGAAACGGAAUGGUGUUUGUUAUUUCAGUCAGUUAUCGUACGUUUCUCACCAUCUGUGCACUUUCUGUUGUGUAAUAAUCGUGGGCAAUGGACAUCGAACUUUUAAUUUCGUUGAUUCGACGAAGACCCGCUCUGUGGAACCAAGGAAGCAAAUUAUACAACAAUAGAGAUGUUGCCAAGCAGGCGUGGAAGGAAGUAGCGGAUGAAUUGGACUCAUCAGAAGAGACUGUUCGCAAAAAGUGGAGGGGGCUACGUGAUACAUUCCGAAAAGAAUUGUUGAAACUAGAGGCAAAGAGGGCUGAAAAAGGGGACGAUUCCGAAGUGAAAUGCAAAUGGCAUUGCUUUAAGAACAUGAUGUUCAUCAAAGACCAGUUCGUGCCACGUAAACCCAGUGGCAAUGAACAGCCGGUUGCCUCACAAGUGAUUUUGUUCCCCGAAGCAUCAUGUGACUACGAGUCAGAACUUCAACCCUCGCCGGACAUAACAGAAUCUGAAGAUUCCAGCACUUCUUAUGAACAGCCACCGUCAGCACUUCCCGUCAACAGAGCAUCCUCGAAAAGAAAGAACUCAAACCAAAAACGCGUUGCGCUACACAAAACAAUGAAGUUAGAAGAACAGAAGCCCAAACUGCUUGAACAACGUUCGCAGCCUCCCCAAGAUGACGAUCACUAUUUCUGUUUAAGUCUGGUGCCUUAUAUGCGGCAACUGCCGAUUCACCGAAAAAUGAGUAUAAGGGCCAAAUUCAAUGAGAUUUUAGCCCACGAGUAUGAAGCACAGCAUAGCGGUCUGGACCACCAGCAGCAAUUGGCUCCUGUUUCCACAUCGCUUCAUCACUCUACACCGGCAGCCUCGCCAUCCCAAAUAAUGGCUUCAAAUGAGCCAAGUCAUAGAGUUGCGUAUGAAGGUCCGGCGGAGAAUAAUUUUGUGAACAAAUUCGAGCCUGAUGACACCUUUUGAUCCAAAAGAUUCAAUGUACAAAUGUUUUGUAAU